GGAGAUUUCUGUAAUUUAAGAGAGUUCAAAUAAUGUUUGGAAAUUGCAAGAUUAGAUCCUCUAGUGAGUUGUAGAAAAGGCACAGCUCAGAAGCAUUCCACGGGGAGGGAAAUCACGUCCUUCAUGAAUGACAAGGGGAUGGAAGAUAUCCUUACACUGUAGGCUCCCAGAUCGGCAGAACCCGGAACCACCCCAGAGCAGCAGCUCAGAGUCUCCCACAGGGGGAGGGCUCCAAGCAUACCUAGGAAUUGGUGAAUCAGAGGGAAUGUUUCCCAUUUCAGGUCUGUCUGAGCUCUUUUGGAGUAAGACAGGGCAGCUGGUGAUCUCUUUGUUGGUGUGCAGUGGACACUGAGGCGCCUACCACGCCAAAGGAAGGAAGACCUUGUGACUUUGACCUGCUCCCUCUCACUCUAUCCUCACCUGCUCUCCGCAUCUGUCCCCAGCUCAGGGCCAUGACACCACACGCAAAUGGAACCCUCUCAGGGAAGCCUCUGCAGGAGUUUGUGCUGGAGGGGUUUCAGGGUGGGCUGCAGACCCAGGCCCUGCUCUUUGCCCUCUUCCUGGCCCUGUACUUGGCGGCCGUCCUGGGGAACCUCACCAUGAUCGUGGUCAUCACCCUGGAUGCCCGUCUGCACUCCCCGAUGUACUUCUUCCUCAAGAACCUCUCCUUCAUGGACCUGUGCUACUCAUCUGUCAUCUACCCCAAAGCCCUGGCCAACGUCCUGUCCUUAGCCAAGGUCAUUUCCUUCGGGGGCUGUGCCUCCCAGUUCUUCUUCUUCUCCAUGAUGGGCACGACUGAGGCUUUCCUCUUGGCAGUGAUGGCCUAUGACCGCUUCCUGGCCAUCUGCAGCCCCCUACACUAUCCCAUCACCAUGUGCCCAUCAGCCUGUGCCCACUUGCUGCUGGGCUGCUACGGUGGAGGCUGCCUCAACGCCAUCCUGCAGACCAGCUUCACAUUCAGCCUCCCCUUCUGCAGCUCCAACCACAUCAACCACUUCUUCUGUGAUGUGCCCCCUCUUCUCCUGCUCGCCUGUGCCGACACAGCCAUCAACAAGCUGGUCAUGUUUGGCAUCUGCGGGCUCAUCAUCGUGGGCACCACACUCGGGGUCCUCAUCUCCUAUGCCUACAUCACCGUGACCAUCCUGAGGAUGCGCUCGGGAGCAGGCAGACACAAGCUCUUCUCCACCUGUGGCUCCCACAUGACGGCCGUGUCCCUCUUUUAUGGGACCCUUUUUGUCAUGUAUGCCCAGCCGGGAGCGGUGGAGUCCAUGGAGCAGGGCAAGGUGGUCUCUGUCUUCUACACCCUGGUCAUCCCCGUGCUCAACCCCCUCAUCUACAGUCUGCGGAACAAGGAGGUGAAGGAGGCCCUGCGCAGACUGGGCCAAAAGAGCAUCACCUCCUGA